UUCUACCGAUCCCCAGAGGUGAUCCUGGGCCAUCCCUACAACAUGGCCAUUGAUAUGUGGAGCCUGGGCUGCAUCAUGGCCGAGCUGUACACGGGCUACCCCCUGUUCCCUGGGGAGAACGAGGUGGAGCAGCUAGCCUGCAUCAUGGAGAUUUACUUUAUUAUUAUCAUCGUCAUCAUCAUCAUCAUUAUCGUUAGUAUUUUACAUUCCAAAGGUUUUCCUAAAAAUAUAACCAACAACAGGGGGAAAAAAGGAUACCCGGAUUCCAAGGAUCUCACCAUGGUGCUGAAAACCUACGACACCGGUUUCCUGGACUUUCUGAGAAAGUGUUUGGUCUGGGAGCCUUCUCUUCGCAUGACCCCUGACCAGGCCCUCAAGCAUGCUUGGAUUCAUGAGCCGCGGAACCUCAAAGCACAGCCCAGGCUUCAGACCUUGAGGAAAACCAGUCUCUGUUUCCCUUCUGAGGCCAGGAAGGGCAAGGUUCAAGGGCAACAUCACUUGGGCCAAAAAGGAAGGAUCAAAGGAACCAAGGUGAUCCUUCAAAUAGAGACUAAAGACAAAAUCAAACAGGAUCAGAACUCAGGUGGUCAGCAGGGCUCUUCACACAGCUGA